AUGAUUGGUUCAAUUUCUGAUACUGUAACAAGUAAUCCUAAUACUGUGACUCAUGUCUUUUUAGAAGAUGGAUUCAACCAAAAAUUAACACCAGAAUACAAUAAUCAAUCCAUUCAUUAUUAUCAAAAAAUAAUUGGAGAAAUUAAAAAUAAUUUUAAAUUAAUUUACACAUUAAAUAAUAAUAAUAAUAAUAAUAGUAUAAAUAAUAAUAACAAUAAUAAUAAUAAUAAUAAUAAUAAUAAUAAUAAUAAUAAUAAUAAUAAUAAUAAUAAUAAUAAUAAUAAUAAUAAUAAUAAAAAUAAUAAUAUUUAUAUUAAUAGUAAUAGAUAUGAAAUAGAAAUAGAUGAAGAUAAUAAUGAAUUUUUUAAAUAUAAGGAAUCCUUUGAAUUUAAUAAUAAACGUUGUAUAGCAUUUAAAGAAGAUUGUAGUAUUUUAUCAAAAUUAGAAAAUAAUCAAAUACCAUCGAGUGUAAUGUUAUUAGAUGGAUUCAAUCAGAAAUUAAUACGAAAUAUAUUACCAGAAGGUAUUCUUUCAUUGUAUUUAUGUGAUAUAAGACAAGAAUUGAUAAUAGGUUCAAUUCCUAAUACUGUAGUGGGUGUCUAUUUAUUAGAUGGAUUCAAUCAAAAAAUAGAACCAGGUAUAUUACCAAAUGGUAUUAAAUCAUUGCACUUGUGUGAUAUAAAACAAGGAUUAACCAUUGGUUCAAUUCCUGAUGCUUUAGAGUAUGUCUUUAUAGAAUAUAGAUUCAAUCAAAAAUUAGCACCUGAUUUAUUUCCAGAAACUAUAAGAUUUCAAAGACUCCAAAGAUUUUUAUAUUAA